AUGCAAGCUGAAAGUACUCAAACAUGUAGUAUGACACGACAAAUAUGGGCAUCAAAAAAUACGAAGCAUAUUUCAAUACAUUGCCGUUUUCUGACACAUAUUUGUUGUUUAUCAAAUUUACGUAAUUUUUUUUGUGAAGAAGGUUUAAAAACGGCACUUCGAUUAUUACCAUGUAAUGAAAAAAUACUUGAAUCAAAAGAUUCUUAUCAGAUAUGUUGUAAAUGCUGUGAAUUAGGUGUUCGAACAGGUCGGGAUCAAGGAGAUUGUGAACCAAUGACUGUACUUGAUAAAAAAUGUAGUGAACAAUUUACUAAUUGUUGUAAACGAGCGAAAUUUUUAAGUUGUGAUGCUGGUUUUAAAAUGGGUGAUGAUGAGCGAUGUCAAGAUAUUAAUGAAUGUCUCUCAAGUCCAUGUCCGAAAACAAUGAUGUGUAAAAAUACGCCAGGUAGUUUUCAAUGUAUCGAAGGAUGUGAAUUUGGUUACAUAUGGUCAAUGAAAUAUGGACAAUGUCGAGAUAUUGAUGAAUGUGCUAUUCUUAAACAUAAUUGUACACAUGGACAUCGUUGUGAAAAUAUGCCUGGUUCAUUUAGAUGUAUUCGCGAAAGUAAUUGUGGAACUGGUUAUCAAGUUGAUCCUGUGACACAAACAUGCAUGUUGAUGAAUGUGAACAGGAUAUUAAUGAAUGCAGGCAAACCUGGUUAUAUUUGUAAAAAUGUACCUGGAACAUAUAAAUGUGUUCCAGAAAAUUGUAGAUUUGGUGAAAAAUUUAAUGCUUUUUAUGGUCGUUGUGAAAAAAUGCAAUGUCGAUCAGGUUUUAAUUUAACAUUAACUGGAAAAUGUAUUGAUAUAAAUGAAUGUGCUCAAAAACCAAGUCCAUGUAAACUUAGUGAACGAUGUGAUAAUAUACCUGGUUCUUAUCGUUGUGUACAAACAUUUACGUGUUCAGAAGGUCUUGAAAUGAAAGAUCUUCAAUGUUUAGAUAUCGAUGAAUGUGCUAUUGGGAAUCAUACAUGUCUUCCGCCAGCAAUAUGUAAAAAUACAUAUGGAUCAUUCCAUUGUGAAUGUCCAACAGGAUUUAUAUUUAAAUAUGAUACAUGUGUCGAUGAUGAUGAAUGUUCAAAAGGAAGUUCAAUCUGUCCAAUAAAUUCAGAAUGUCGAAAUACUCCAGGAUCCUAUGUUUGUGAUUGUACAUCUGGCUAUAAAAUGAUAAAUGAACGAGGUAUUUGUGAAGACAUCAAUGAAUGUGAACUAUCACCAGAUGUAUGUGAACAAAAAUGUAUUAACAUUCAAGGAUCAUAUUAUUGUCUAUGUAAAGAAGGUUAUAGACUAAAUAGUGAUAAACAAACAUGUCGAGAUCUUGAUGAAUGUUCAAUGAUUUCAAAUUUAUGUCAAUAUCGUUGCAUUAAUAUACCUGGAUCAUAUAAAUGUAUCUGUCCAUCAGGUUUUACAAUUGAACGAGGCAGUCAAUGUCGAGAUAUUGAUGAAUGUCAUCUUGGUAUACAUAAUUGUCCUGUAAAUAAUAUUUGUGUUAAUCUUCAGGGUGGUUUUCGUUGCCAUUCUACUGAUUGUCCUAAGGGUUAUGAAAAAUUUGGAAAUAAUCGAUGUCAAUUGAAUGCACGAUGGUGUCAAAAACAUCAAAAUAAUACAAAUUUACGUUGUACAGUUCAUAAACCUGUUAAAUAUAUUUAUUCAUUUAUAUCAUUACCAGCUCGAAUGAAUAUACCAACAGAAAUCUUUCGUAUACGCAAUAGAAAAUUAAGUAGAAAUCAACAUGCAGAAUUUGAUUUACGAUUAAUUAAUAUGAACGACCCAUAUAAUAAUUCCAGUCAGAUAAUACUUGAUAAAUUUCAAUUAAAAAUCAAUCCAUCAUACAAUGUUCAUUUAAUUGUUACUCGAGAUUUACAUCCAAUAGAUGAAAUUGAAUUACAUAUUUAUAUGAAAAUUUUUACGAAUAAUACAUUACAUUCAAUAUCAGUUAUGAAACUUUUCAUUGAUAUCAAUCAAUAUGAUUUUAAUCCUUAA